CGCCUCAUGGGGCAUCUUCAGACUGCGCCCGUUGCAAGUUUUAGGGUUGCCUGCACUGGCAGCCUCCUCGUUCUGUUGGGGAAGCGCUGCUGAAGGGAGGCACGUUCUGAGGGGCGAUUACUUGAACGUGGCUGGACCUUGCAGCGGCGGUGUCUUUGCAACGCAGAGUUCCGUGUAGUGGACUUUAUACGACACAAUGAGCUGGCUCUUCAGUUGGUGGCCGUGGUGGCCCCACAAGGGGAAGAAGCCGGCCGAGAAAAUCCACCAUCCCGCCCUCUUGAUUCCAGGGAUUGGCGGUUCUAUCCUGAACGCUGUCUCGCAGAAUGGAGCCACUGAAAGGGUCUGGGUGCGGCUCUUCAAAGCUGAUGGCGAGUUCCGGAGGAAGAUCUGGUCCAAGUACAAUCCUAGUACAGGCCGCACCGAGUCCUUGAGCAAUGACUCGGUUGUCGUGGUGCCAACGGACCGAUUUGGACUUUACAGCUGCGACUCCCUUGACCCUGACCUGCCAAUGCGGCUCGACGUGGUUUACUACUAUCACGACAUGAUCGAGGAGAUGAAGAGCUGGGGCUAUGUGGAGGGGGAGACCCUGUUUGGUUUUGGCUUUGACUUCCGGCAGAGCAACAGGUUGGACGACACGCUGGACCUGCUGAAGAUCAAGCUGGAGCACAUCUACGAGCAGUCCGGCGGUAAGAAGGUGGAUGUGAUUACGCAUAGCAUGGGGGGCCUCAUGUUCAAGUCCUUCCUCGUCUACAGAAGAAAGGACUUUGAGAGGCUUGUGAACAAGUGGGUUGCCAUCGCUUGUCCUUUCCAAGGAGCACCGGGCUUCAUUGUAGACACGCUGCUGACUGGGGUGGAGUUCAUUAAGGGCUGGAAGAAGGAGCUGUUCAUUGCAAAAUGGACGAUGCACCAACUGGUGGUGGAGUGCCCGUCCAUCUACGAGAUGCAGGCCAACGCGCGCUUCUCGUGGGCGGAGCAGCCGGAGCUGCGCAUCUGGAUCCAGGACAAGCCGGACCAGAAAGCGUACCUGGACAUCUCCAAGCCGGACACCGUCAACAAGACGCUCGCAGACGCGCUCCGCGAUAAUACGAUGGAUCUCGACGGUGAGAAGAUGCCGCUUCCGUUCAACGAACUGCUGGCAGAACACGCGCAGGCGACUAAGGUGGCCUGGGACGCGGCGGAGCUGCCCCCGGGGUUCCUCUUUUACAACGUCUUUGGGACGUCGUACGAUACGCCCCUACACUGCACGUAUGGCACCCAAUCUGCGCCUGUAAAAAGCCGGACCGAGCUCCUGCAUACUGAAGCUCAAUAUAGCAACGUGGAAGGAGACGGCACGGUACCGGCAGAGUCUGCCAAGGCGGACGGCCUACGUGCGUACUGCCGCAUCGGCAUCCCCGGGGAGCACCGCGGCAUUCUCAACGACCCGCACAUCUACCGCAUGCUGCACCACUUCCUGCGCGUCGGCGAAUUUGACCCCGAUUACGACCCCGUCACCGACGCGGUUCUCGUUCCCCCAGCGGAGGAGAUUGAGAAGGAGAUUGCGCGCGCCAGAUCGGCGGCGGCGCAGAAGAAAAGGCUAGCGGAGUUGGAAAGGGAGGUUGUUGCGUCGAUCGAGAGGGGCGACUUCGAGGAGGAGAACGGGGGCGACUUGGUGGUGCAUUUCCGGCGGAAGUUGGACGAGGCGCGGGAAAGAACGGGAACGGCGGGAGAGAACGGGGCUACGGUGAAAGGGGGCGCUUCGGAAACGGUGGGGACUGUAGAUGCUGAGAAGACGGGUGGGGAGAGCGGGUCCACUUCUAGCGGGGGGCCAACGCCGCCUGGGAGCUCGGCCGUGCGGCACCCCCCCACGGUGGAAGAGCGGCUUGCAGCAAAGGCCUUGCGAGCGAAAGAGGAGGCGGAGGCCAAGACACGGAAGGCGCAGAAGAAGACGACCAAGGCGAAUGCGUACGUGGAAGUGGACGAUUUGUUCGUGUCCGCGCACGCAGAGAGCAGUCCGUGCGGGUCGCCGGACGUCCGGUGCGGGUGCUGCUGCGGACCGUCCGCCAAGUCGACGGUCAAAACGACGGUCAGCGUUGCCGGGGGCGAGGGGGAUCUCCGGAUGGAAAAGGCGGUCGAGGUGGCCGCGGCGGCGGCGGCGGAUGGUGCGGUGGUCAAAGCUGCGGCCGAGGAAGGGGAAGCGGAGAGAUGACGAAGUGUGGCGGUGGAGGAAGUAAAAGCGGAGAGUUGACGACGUGUGCCAGUGCUUUAAAACUGGUUGAAAGCAAUAUGGGUGAACCAAUCUGGGUGCUGAAUCCCCCCUUAGCAUAUCCAAUGUGGCCCGCUUGGGGGAGGUGGAAGUCUGGGGGCACGCCUACAAGCCGCCCUGGUGGAAGUCUCGUAAAGCAGUAUCUAAGCAAACAUUUAAUUGUCAUGACGUCUGCGCGGUCUGUCUGCAAAGCGGACCUGUACGUCACGAUCAUUGGUGCUCUGUAUUAGGUUUGGAUCUUGCAUGUCAAAGGACACCUGUAUAUAGAUUUGUAAGGUAACAGAGGUGUCAACCAAAACUUAGAAACUCUCAAUUGUUUUAGAUUUGUACAUAGCCACAAGAAAAGUGUACAGAGGAAGUCUCAGUCCGUGAAUUCUUCAAGGCUUUUGGCAAUGAUGGCCUGGCCGCAC